AUGGGAGCCACGGCCCCAGUUUCACUGCAGUGUCUGGCAGCCCAAACACACAACGCCAGGCCGCACCCUGCCCAGCACAUGGAGGCUGGGGACAGGGCAGCCCAAACACACAGCGCCAGGCCGUACCCUGCCCAGCACACGGACGCUGGGGACAGGGCAGCCCAAACACACAGCGCCAGGCCGCACCCUGCCCAGCACAUGGAGGCUGGGGACACUACGGCCCAAACACACAGCGCCAGGCCGCACCCUGCCCAGCACAUGGAGGCUGGGGACAGGGCAGCCCAAACACACAGCGCCAGGCCGCACCCUGCCCAGCACAUGGAGGCUGGGGACACUACGGCCCAAACACACAACGCCAGGCCGCACCCUGCCCAGCACACGGACGCUGGGGACACUACGGCCCAAACACACAGCGCCAGGCCGCACCCUGCCCAGCACAUGGAGGCUGGGGACACUACAGCCCAAACACACAGCGCCAGGCCGCACCCUGCCCAGCACAUGGAGGCUGGGGACACUACGGCCCAAACACACAGCGCCAGGCCGCACCCUGCCCAGCACAUGGAGGCUGGGGACACUACGGCCCAAACACACAACGCCAGGCCGCACCCUGCCCAGCACAUGGAGGCUGGGGACAGGGCAGCCCAAACACACAGCGCCAGGCCGUACCCUGCCCAGCACACGGACGCUGGGGACAGGGCAGCCCAAACACACAGCGCCAGGCCGCACCCUGCCCAGCACAUGGAGGCUGGGGACACUACGGCCCAAACACACAGCGCCAGGCCGCACCCUGCCCAGCACAUGGAGGCUGGGGACAGGGCAGCCCUAACACACAGCGCCAGGCCGCACCCUGCCCAGCACAUGGAGGCUGGGGACACUACGGCCCAAACACACAGCGCCAGGCCGCACCCUGCCCAGCACAUGGAGGCUGGGGACACUACGGCCCAAACACACAGCGCCAGGCUGCACCCUGCCCAGCACAUGGAGGCUGGGGACACUACGGCCCAAAUACACAACGCCAGGCCGCACCCUGCCCAGCACACGGACGCUGGGGACAGUGCGGCCCAAACACACAGCGCCAGGCCGCACCCUGCCCAGCACAUGGAGGCUGGGGACAGGGCAGCCCAAACACACAGCGCCAGGCCGCACCCUGCCCAGCACAUGGAGGCUGGGGACAGGGCGGCCAUAAACUACAGUCAACCAACUCGGCCGUGA